GUGUGCCCAUAUAAACAAGCUCGAAUGCCACCGGCAGAACAGUCUCGCAACCCUUCGUGCACCAUUAGCCCAGUGUGUUUUGCAAGUGUGCGGAAAUCACAGUAUUCUCUAAUAGAAUGCAGUUAUUCGUGAUAACGACAGCGUUACUGCAUAUCUGUCUAUGUGAUCAUGUGGCUAUCAGAAUGCCGUACUUGAAUCCGGCAGGGGUGACAUACGUUAACAACCUUGAGGAGGCACCCCUCGCAUAUACCUCCGCUGCAUCACUACAGCCGGUCGUACCUGCAACUUCCGCACAAAUUGAAACACAUCACGUGGGAUAUGCGAGCGCUCAAGUGCCCGCGGUAGCUGCGGUGUCAUUCGUCAAGCAUGUGCCGACAAUAUCCCAAGUACCGGUUACCACGAUCGAAGCUCAGCCUGGUUUAAUACAAAAGCAGGUUGACGUACUGAAGCCUGCGAUUGCCACUCGGAAGGUUGAGGUACGUCGUCCGGCGAUCCAGAAACACUUUUAUGAUAUUGAAGAACGAGUAAUUAUUCGUCCAGUUGGGUCAGCCGUACUCGAGUUGGACGAACCGACGUCCAAGAUAGAGAAAGGACCAGCCGUGAUCAAAUCUUUAACCAACAACCUACCUCUGGUCUAUCCACACACUUAUGGCAUCUACGAUGCACCAACCGCCAUCUCCCAUAUACCAGCCAUUCACGCGACAUCGUCACCUCUGUUACUUCCUUCAUCGACACCUGCAUCAAUCACUUCUGCUUCCAACAACUUGGAGAACGAAUCUAUUAUAGUUGAAAACCCUGAUUUUCGUUCUGUCAAUCAAGCGCACCUUCCUCAACUUCGCACUUCUAAACCUCGUGUAAUCGCUGAAUCACCGGAUGGUACAUCUAUUGAUGUGCCUAUCGCGCGAUUUGCCGCUCACGAUCCUUCUCCAACUGUGAUACCUAGUCAAAAAAUCAGUGCCGAAAAUAGUAAAAUCAAUCAAAAUAGAUUGAUAGAAUUCCUAACUGCCCGCGGGGGUGUCGCCGAGCUGUGGAUAUAUCAUAUUUAUAAUUCUCUACUACCACGUGUACGUAUAAAAUACUUGCGCAGCUAUCACGUGAUGCAAUUGGGUUUUAGUCGCGACGAUACAACUGGAACGUUGAUCGAAGAUGCCGGUCACGUUCGAGCACGUAUCCUCUCUGCGACGCCAGUUUCGAAAGAGGCGGAACCAACCGGAGAACGCGUUUCCACACGCCGUGUCGUCGUUAGCAGACCGAUCGAAACUUUUCAAGAAUAUGAUAUCCUGGAGCCUGCCACGAAAAUCGAAACAGUUUCCGUACAACACCCGACGUUGAUCAAGACUGCUCGUGUGGAUCAUGUGCAAGUGCACGGAUCCGUACCAAUCAUUGGGAAGGCCUUUACACCCGCAGUGGCUCAUGCAGCAGUUCCUGUUUAUCAGAAAACUAUCUCUUCGACGUUUUAGUACACGUUUCAUGAUGAAAAAAAUUUAUCUGUUGUAAUGAUGAUUUUAUGGCGAAUAUAAUACUUUUCGCUACAAGAGAAUUAAGAGACAAAAACAUUGAUACAGAGAAAUAAGUAUCCAAGAUUUCUUUAAUUGUAAAAGUAAUAAAAA